AUGUCACAGCCUCAACCACAGCCGCAGCCACAGGAGUAUGAUCCGCGCGGGAUCGAGUACUACACGGUCCCCACGCUCACAUUCACAUCUGGCACAACCCUGCACGACGUGAAGGUCGCUUACCGACGAUUCAACCCGGACUCAACAGCGGGCACGAUCCUCAUUCCGACGUGUUAUGGCGGGUUCAUCAACACGACACUCACGCUCACCGGCCCCGCACCAAAUGACGCACUCUCGAAAUACCACGUGGUGGUCGUCGCCAUGCUCGGCAACGGUGAGAGCUCCAGCCACAGCAACAAAGCUUUCUUCCCGGAGCCCGGCGAGCUGCGGUACCAGGACGUGGUGCGCGCGCAGCAUCAACUCCUGACGGAGCACCUGAAGAUCACCAGGCUUGUGGCCGUGAUGGGCUUCAGCAUGGGCGGCCAGCAGGCGUACCACUGGGGCGUCAUGUACCCGGACUUCGUCUCGAGGGUCAUCGCAAUCUGCUCGAGCGCGCGCACGUCGGCGCACAACUAUGCGUUCCUGGAGGGGCCGAUCGCCGCGCUGACGAACUCAAUCGACUACAUCGCCUGGCGCGCGAUGAAGGCCAAGGUCGCGCGCGGCGAGGAGGUGGGUCAGAACAUGAAGGAUGUGGUGCCGAGGAAUGGAAUCCGGGCGUUCGCGCGCACCUAUGCUGCUUGGUUGACCAGUGCCGCGUGGUUUAGGGACCGCGAGUGGAGUAAAGGCCCCUUCGCCGGCUUCAACAGCCUCGACGACUGGAUGCGUGCAAGGGAGGACGGGUACAUGAUCUGGGACGCGCAGGAUUUGCUGGUGCUUGCGAGGAUGUGGCAGUUGGGUGACAUUGGUGAUGCGAUUCCGGGAGAGGAGGCCACUGGCAUCAAACCGCUGGGGUAUAAGAUCCCCGAAGAUGCGAGCUACGCAAAGGCGUUGAAGAGUAUCGAGGCGAAAGUUCUCCUGCUCCCUUGUCGUACCGAUCAGUACUUCCCGCCUCAGGAUUCGGAGAUCGAGGCCAAGUAUCUGCAGAAUGGCCGUGUUGAGGUCAUCGAGAGUACUUGGGGCCAUGUUGCUGGGGGAGGUUUGAAUCCCGAUGAUACGGCUUUCCUGAAUGAGAGAAUUGGAAGGUUCCUGAGUGAGGAGUAG